GGCGACGAGAGAGCGUCCUGAUGGCGGCAUCUUCACUAGGGAGCCGCAAAAUGCUGUCCUGAAUGGUAAGCGGUGCGGAUAAGCGACUAGGGAGAUGGCAUUCGAAGCUCUUCAAUCGCUGGAGAUGGAGUAGCGGGUUUUACAUAGUUGAAUAAAAAUGGCUGCAGUGGAGAACCUAACUGCUGAGGCUGAGUCAACUGAAGGCGGAAACGAGAAUAAUUCUUCAUUUGCCGAAAUUCCAUACAUCAAGGUGGAGCCACAUGCUGAAAAUCUUGCAGAAGUGGCUCCUUCACAAAAUGUUGCUAUGGGAAUGAAAUUUGUUCUUCCCAAUCGAUUUGAUAUGAAUGUUUGCUCUCGAUUUGUGAAGUCUCUGAAUGAGGAAGAAAGUAAGAAUAUUCAGGAUCAGGUGAAUUCUGACCUGGAAGUGGCCUCUGUAUUAUUUAAAGCUGAGUGCAAUAUACAAACUUCUCCUGGAAUUCAAGUAAGGCACGUCUACACACCAUCGGUAACCAAGCAUUUCUCACCCAUUAAACAGUCAACAACCCUGACUAACAAACAUCGUGGAAAUGAAAUAUCUGCAGCACCGUUACUCUUGCACUCUUUGUCUGUACAUCAGCUGGCAGCACAAGGGGAAUUGCUUUAUUUGGCAAGCCGUAUAGAGCAAGACAAUCUUCUAAACAUGCAAGAUGAGCAAGGGUUUACUCCACUCAUGUGGGCAGCAGCUCAUGGACAAAUUGCAGUGGUGGAGUUUCUACUACAGAAUGGAGGUGAUCCACAUCUUUUAGCAAAUGGAAGGGAGAGUGCACUUUCACUGGCCAGCAGUAAAGGCUACUCAAACAUUGUAAACAUGCUGCUUGACUAUGGGUGUAAUGUAAAUGAAUAUGACUGGAAUGGGGGAACUCCUUUGCUUUAUGCUGUGCACGGAAAUCAUGUAAGAUGUGUGGAGAUGCUGUUGGAAUAUGGUGCUGAUCCAACUGCUGAAACUGAUUCAGGAUUUAAUGCUAUGGAUAUGGCGGUAGGGCUGGGUUUCAAAAAUGUUCAACAGGUUAUUGAAGCCCAUUUGCUGAAGUUGCUUUUUAACAUUAGAGAAUAGUGAUGUGGUACUUCUAGCAAUCUCAGCAGAAUGAAUCUUCACCUGCGUGGUCUGGAUUUCUGAGAGAAAGCUCCAAAAUUUUUAUGUUUGACUAUCGGCUAGUCAGCUUACUGAUUGUUGCAAUUUGUCCAUGAUCGGAAAAAAGAAAAAGAUUAAUCCUGAUCCAACUUUGUAUAUGUAACGUGCUCAAUAUCUUCUGGUGAAGAAGAUAAGACUAGUGAAUAUGAUUAAAGACUUGCUUUGUAAUUUAUUGGGGGUAUAUUAUACCAUUUGCAUUGGGCACUAAUGAGCCCAAUGCCAUAAAGGGAAACCAUAUGUUGAAGUACUGUAAGAUUGCACCAAGAUUACUUUGGUCUAAAAUAGAGGGAAUAAAAUUUCCUGAAGAAAUAAAUUAUAUUACAUUUGCCUCUGUCAUUAUUGAAUAGGAAUCAUAGUGAAUAUUGUUCAAGUUUUGUAAACCCGUUACUGAUUUUUGGAACUCCAUUGUCAAGCAAGAAUUAAAACUUGGAGUGGUCAAACCAUUGUGGGGGUGUGUGGAAAUAAAGAAGGUAUUUUAUAUUGACUGGUUUCAUGUUGAAACUGACAAUGGAAGUUAGAAACUACUUCAGCUAUCCGCUUCAGGCUGAUAAUCUGAUGCCUAAAGCAAAAAGAAAAUCUAUAGUGCUGAUUAAUGCCUGAUCAUUUUGCCUCACUGGUGGAACCUGAAAUUAUAGACCUUUCACAAUGGAUGAGGGAGGGGAAGAAACUGGCAUUUUGCAAGUCUGCUCCUGAAAUUAAUGUAAACGAAUACUCACUAGAUGUAAGAGUCUAACAGUAAUUUUUUUGCCAAAUAAUUAUGCAAGUGAUUUUGCUGGCUAGAAGAACCCUAGCUCCCAGUGAUAGAUCUAUUUAAACAGCAGAUGAGAUACCCAAGUUCGCAGUAACCCCAUAUGAAAUAGUCCAUAUACUGUUAAAGCAAAAUAUUACCUUGGUGCAUUAACAUUUACAAGAGUUUGAAUUUUGAACAUUAAAAAUAAAAAUGCAUGAUUUGAAAUUUUGACUGUUCUAAAAACUUUAAUCCUGUGUUCUCAGUAAUGUGUUUCCAUAGCACCUAUACUAAUCUGCAUUGUGUGAAUGAGUUUUGUUAAUGUAUUGUGGAGUUCAGGAACUAAAGAAUUAAAAAUUGAGAUCCCAAAUGCUAAUUCCUUUAAAAGGCACCCUACUUAAUAGUUUAGGUAAUUUGAAAAGUUCCUGGACCAAUAUUAAACCAGAAAAUUUAACAGUGUAUGUAAAUAAACUGACAUUAUUUUUAAAAACUUUAGAAUUUAAUCAAGAGUGAUAGCUGUAACAAUUGCAAUGUCAGUUUCAAGGUGACAUCAGAUUGGUUCAAAUCUAAACAAUGGUUGAUGCUUAAAUCCAUUUAUUGGACUUUUGUUUUACAAGGCAAUUAGAUUCCAUUUCCAGUUACGUUAAUUGAAGAGAUUAUUUUUAAUAUUUUUCUCUGUUAUUUAUUUUUACCUGACAACAGUAAGCUUUGUUUACUAAUUUGCUUGCCUGACUAAGUUGCUUUGUACUUGAGGGAGGAUGGAGUAUGCAUGAUUUAUGUUGGGAAAUCCAUGGAAGAACUGUGGAUGACCUCAUCUAGUAUAUUUCAAAUUGCGUGACCCUCCAAAGUUAGGACAAAAUCUAACCAACAGGUUCAGAAAUAAUUUCAGGUUAAUAUUCUUUUGCAGCCUAUUAUUGUUGAAAACUUGUCUAUUUGUUCUAUUAAGUAUUUGAUCCAACUGUCCUUGCUAACAUAUUUUAAGCAAUUGUAUUUUAUUAGGGAUGCUUGUAAAAGUUAAAAUUUUUAUUAAAAUUCUAAAGGUUUUUUAUGUAUGAA